UUUGCCAAGCUUUGAUUAGCUCUCAACUACGCUAAGCAGACAAAAAUGUAAGCCAAUAGGAAAGGCAACAGCAAAUGUUUGUUCAAGCUGUAAAGCUGUAAAUAUUCAGUAAGUAGAUACGGCGAAGUGUGAGAGAAGGGUGUAUAAAAUAAUUGUAACUCUUAUGUGCUGGCAGCUACCUCAGAGAGUGUUUCCUGGUCAAUGUACCCGACAGGUGUGUGGUUAAUAUGGUUACAGUUUUGCUCAAAUUAUUCAAUUGUUCAAACAUAAUAUCUUAGGGCGCAUAUACGCAUGUCAAAUAUUUGGGUAUUUGCUUCGCAUUGAUACACAAUCCAUAAGACAUAAGAAGUACUCGUACGUUAUACAUAUGUACCAUACAUAUAGUAAACACUGUAGAGGAAAAAACCUAAGCUUGCACUCACUGGAUCCCUAUAAAUAAUCCAAGUCGCACUCUUAGCAAUCACACAACUUGGUCAUCUCUCACCAGUUCCAAAUCCAGCUCUAAACUCUAUCAAAAAUGAAGUUCCUGUUCGUAGCCGCCCUCAUUGCUCUGGCCAUCCAGGUGACUCUGGCGCAGACUUCACCUGCAACAACGGAGGCAGCAACAGCUACAACGACCGUUGCAUCUGCAGCUACAACAACGACGACAGCAGCAUCAGUGACCACUGCAACUACCAAGAAAACAACAAGGAGAUGCUGGAGGGGAAACAAUUGGUGCAACACCCGCCAGCAGGUGAAGUGCAAGAACCCCAAGAAGUGCAUCAAGACCAUUGUGGUGGUGCGUCGCAGAAGGAACUAAAAAUCUAGAUAUUCCAAAAUAACAAACAAUAAAUAUUACGACUGCUCUGAAA